ACUCCCUAUUAAGAUAUCGUCAAAGGAAGAAAACAUAAACUUGAGGCUAAACGAGCCCAGACGACUGCAUUGGAGCAACACAAUUUUCGCAAUUCCAUCUCUCUUUUCUCUAGAGUUUUCCUAAUAACAAUCUCCACGAUUGUGUUCAACAUCUUUUUGCUCAACCGUGUUCUCUCUCUCUAACGCUUUCCAAGUUAAACGAUGAAUGCCAAUAGAGGCAUUUUAGCGCUAAUAAAUUCUCCUGUUCACAUCAGGGCCUCAUUUUUUCACUCCACUCCUAUCCUUGAACGCAGAAGACGCACUUUUUGGGAUUCUGGUGGAAGGACGAAUAUUAAGAGGCCAUCAAGGAGGUUUAACUACGAGAACAAAAGGUUUAGGAAAUUCAAUUCAAAACAAACAUUACUGCGAAAUGUUGGUGCAAUCGCGGAUGACUUUUUUCAGUGUUCAGAGCUUGCAUCACGAUUUUGAUGAUUAUGAUUCUUCUUCAAGCCAAGGCUGGGAGUGGUUUCAACAAGAUCUUCGGUCUAAUGUGUCCAGUGGUGGCAGAUAUAGGAACAAAGGAUACCAUAAAUGGAGAGGGUUUCAUUUUGUUGAAGAUUUGGACUUCGAAGUAGAUAGCUUUUUCCGUACUGGAUUUGGUGGUAAGGAUUACUAUAGAUGGUCAUUUGUAAAUGAAGAUGUACGAGAUAGGCAUUCAUCACGUCACUCUAACAUUCACGGGAAUUCAAAGCGGAGGUUUAGAUUUAAAGAUGAGUAUGAGUAUGAUGAUGAAUCAACAGAAUGUGACACCCAUGAAUCAGGUUUGGUUUCAGAGCGUCUGGCCCUUGGGUUGAAGGCCUCUGGUCCUUUAAAUCUUGAAGAUGUUAAAAAUGCAUAUCGAGCAUGCGCAUUCAAAUGGCAUCCAGACCGCCACCAGGGUCCAUCCAAGAUUGUUGCAGAAGAGAAAUUUAAGGUGUGCAGUACUGCUUACCGAUUGCUGUGUGAUAAAAUGUCUCUCAACUAAUAAUUUUGGUGGUGAAGAAUUGACAUUUGCUCUUCAGUCUUCAACAAUGCGUCUCCUCUAUUUAUUUCUUUAGCUUACAAACUGUGUUUGAUAAUGCAAGAAUGCAUAUUUGGUAUUCUUGCGACCUUGCAUAUACUAAUGUUGUAGUAACAUAUUUCUUAAACACUUCUUUUUUCAAUUACGAGCCUACGAGGUAGGUGUUCGAAGGAUGUAAAAUAUGAGUGCAGAUCUGUUGUAAAUUGUGAUCCAUUGACCAGCUCUUAUUUAACUAUUUAUCUUUUUCUUAUGACUGUUAUGAGCAAAUAAAAAAAUAAAGAAGAGAAAAACUAUUGAAUUGGC